UGCUGUGCGCUCAAUAAAUACGAUCGGACGGAAGGGGGGCGGGCGUCGGUGGUUCUGGGUCAAGAGGGCGGGGCCGCCAUGGCCGCCCAACGGCCCGUCGCGCGCCACCGCCGGAAGUGGGCGGCUCCGGGCGCGAGGAGGGAGGGACUUCCGGUUUGGGGGCGCUCGCGAGCCCUGCCCGGCGGAGGAGGUUCCACUUCCGGGGCGAAGGGCGAAGGACUGUCCGGUCCUGCCCUCUGCGGUUGCCCCUUGGCCAUGCGGGGCUGGGCCCGGGCCGUGGUCGCCCCGCUCGGGGCCCGGCGCCCCCCUUGCCGCGCCUUCCGGAGGGAGGCCCCGGCGACCCCGACCGUGGCCGAGCUCCGCCGCUACCUGCGGGCCCGCGGCAUCCCCUUCCACGACGGCCACUGCUGCCUCCGCGUCCCCAGCCCCUUCGCCGGCCGGGAAGGGGAGGCCGCCCGCCGCAGCCUGUGCAUCGACAAGACGACGGGCCGCUUCCUGUGCACCGCCAGCCUGGCGGAGGGCAGCUGGCGGGACUUCCAGGCCCACGUGGAGCCGCCGGGGGAAGGGGCCGCGGAGCCGCCGGGGGAGCCGGUCCUGGGCGAGGCGGAGGCGGAGGACGUGCGGCGCCUGUGGGCCCGGGCCCUGCCCCUCUGGGAGCUGCCGGACGGGGAGGCCGAGGAGGAGGAGGAGGAGGCUCCCCGGGCCGCCUUCGGCCUGUCCCGCCUGUCGGACGCGACGCUGAGGCGCUUCUCCGUGCGCUACUUGCGCGGGGCCCGCAGCCUCGUCUUCCCCUGGUUCUGCCCCCGUAGCGGGAGCGGGCUGCGCGGGCUGAAGCUGCUGGCGGCAGAGUGCGAGGGCGACGGGGUCCGCUACGUGGAGACCACCCUGCCGCGGCCGGCCGCCUAUCUGAACCUCUUCGGCCUGCCGCUCAUCGGCCGCCGGGACGCCGAGGUGGUGCUGACCGGCCGGGAGCUGGACAGCCUGGCCCUGCACCAGGCCACGGGGAAGCCCACGCUGGCCCUGCCCCGCGGCACGGCCUGCCUGCCCCCGGCCCUGCUCCCCUACCUGGAGCCUUUCAAGCGCAUCGUGCUGUGGCUGGGCGACGACCUGCGCUCCUGGGAGGCGGCCAAGCUCUUCGCCCGCAAGCUGAACCCAAAGCGCUGCUGGCUGGUGGUGCCCGGCGAGCAGCGGCCUCGGCCCCUGGACGCCCUAGCCCGGGGCCUGAACCUGCCCCGCAUCCUGGACGCGGCCCAGCCGGCCGGUAGCCCCAAGGGCAUCGACUCCUUACACCAGAUUCACAAUCAGCUGCUGGGGAACCCGGUCAACGCCGAGCAGGUGGCCGGUGUGCGGUGGAGCCGCUUCCCGGACCUCAGCCGCCUCCUGAAGGGGCAUCGCAAGGGAGAGAUCACAGUCCUCAUAGGGAGUAUGGGCAGCGGGAAGACGACGUUCACUGGCGAGUAUUCCCUGGACCUGUGCAUGCAGGGCGUCAGCACACUGUGGGGCAGCUUCGAGAUAGGCAUCGCGCGACUGGCCAAAGUCAUGUUCACCCAGUUCUCCCGGGGGCGGCUGGAAGAAGAGCCGGACCAAUACGACGCCUGGGUUGACCGGUUCGAGGACCUCCCGCUCUACUUCAUGACCUUCCACGGGCAGCAGAACAUCAAGACUGCGCUGGACACCAUUUGCCAUGCCGUCUAUAUGUACGACAUCCGCCACGUUGUCAUCGACAAUCUGCAGUUGGUGACGGGCCAAGGCCGCCGGUCAGCAGACAGGCUCACGGCCCAGGACACCGUCCUCGGGGCGUUCCGAAGGUUCGCCACCGACAGCGGCUGCCACGUGACCCUGGUCAUCCACCCCCGCGAAGAGGACGACGACAGAGAGCUUCAGGCAGCGUCCCUCUCCGGAUCGUCCAGGGCCAUCCAGGAGGCAGACAACGUCCUCAUCCUCCAGGACAGGAAGCUGGUAACGGGACCGGGCAAGCGCUACUUGCAGGUGGCCAAGAACCGCUUUGACGGGGCUGUGGGCACCUUCCCACUGGAGUUCUGUAAGACCUCGUUGACCUUCUCGCCCCUGGCUAAAGCCAAGGGCAAGGCUCGGCUCAAGAAGAUGAAAGAUGGCAAAAAUUUGGCCUCCCCCAAGGCCCAGGGGGAUAGUAAGGAGGACACCCCAGGCAAGCUAUGAGGUCAGCUGUUCCUGAAUCCCACCGGCCAUGCUGCUACCACCCCUCGCUUAGAGCUGGAGCUCUGGGACGGGAAGCAAUGGGCCUUGGGUGAUGGGAGGGUGCUUGUGUCUACCUGCCCCUAAAGAACGACACCCUUGCCACCCUUUGCUACCGGGGGUAGGCGUUAUCCUCGUCUCACUGACAGUUUCUGGGUCCCCUCGCCUUGGGUGUUCUGGAGCCACCAGUAUGACCCUGGGCCUUGAGGGCAGGCACAGCAAAUCCUUCUGUCUUCUUGGACAGUGGUCGACAGACCGUCAACCAUGAGGUUGGCCCAACUGCAGGGGCUUGGGGAGCUGAUCUUCUCUAGGCUGGCCGCACCACAAGGGCGCUGAGGCCCAGAGCUUGGGGAAGGUUUGCAGCUCCUCAGAGCAUGGAAACGGGGUAACAGGAGACCCAGAACCACAGGGGGGAUAGGUGGUGGAAGCAAGAGGGGUGGGGGCUCUGAGUUGAGGCCUGCAUACACACACACACACACACCACACCCCACCCCACCCUUAACCUCCCCAAUCCUUCCCAAGAUGGAUUGGGGGCUGUCAGGGUUGCAGCCACUGAGGGAAGAGGGAUGUGACUGAGACAGACCAGGGAGCUCCGCCUUCUGCUCGCAGAAACUUGGUGGAAUUUUCAGGUGGUUUUUUUUAGAAGAACAAAGAGAUCCGGUCUUUUGGAUGCCUUGUGGAAAUGGAAGUGGUCAAGCGCCGUGGUAGGGAACAGGCCCCUGUUCCUGUGAAUUCAGCCUGGGCAACCCAACCCCUCCUAAAGACCCGAAAAUGGUACCGAGUCUUGAGGAGCUUCCGAAGAAGAGCCCAGAUUUGUCCCCUUGCGGAGUCUCAUUUUUUUGUUGAAAAAGUUGGAUUUUUAGCCUC